AUGUUUAUCCAAGAUGGAGAAAGUUAUGCAUCUUAUAAUAAUACUUUUAUAAGGAGAAUCAAAUUUGAUUCAGAUAAACCUGAGGUAUUAGAUGGAGAGAAAUACAAUGAUUAUAAUAAUCAUUCUACAUUUUAUUGUAAAGAGAGAGAUAAUUAUGAUGAAAAUAUCAAAACUGAACCUAAAGAAAUCCUUUCAGAUAACAGAAAGUAUAAUGUUUGCAUAACACCAAUAUACUUAAAAGAUGUAAGAGUAAUGAAAACAACCAUCACAAAAAAUGUAGGCAAAAGGAAGCCAAUUUAUAGAAACGGGGAAGGUAUAUGUCCAUAUUGUGGGAAAAGAAUGAAAAUCACAAGGAAACACUUGCUAUUGCACACUGCUGAAAGAAAAUUCAAAUGUAAUGAGUGCUCCAGGUCUUUUUAUACAAAAAAAGAUUUAGAAAGUCACAUUAAAUAUCACUCUAAGGAGCCGGCUUUUAAAUGUCACAAUUGUAUAGCAGUCUUUCAAACUAAAGCAACACUUGCAAGGCACAUGCUGAUUCAUACAAAUGUAAAAGAUUUUAAAUGUCAGAUUUGCAGUAAAGCCUUUAAAUGGAAAAAUGGAUUACUUCGUCAUAUGCAGAUUCAUAAUAUUUCAAGAGAAUUUAAAUGUGAAAUAUGUGAGAUGUCAUUUUCCACUAAAUAUGGUUUCCAACAUCACACUCGAGUGCACACUGGAGAACGCCCCUAUAAAUGUGAGCUCUGCUCACGGCCAUAUAGUUACAAGAGGGAUUUCAACAAGCAUUGUCUGAAGAAGCACGGUGUAGUCAUAGACCGGCGACCGGUACGCGUAAUGAACGAACAGGUUCUUCAAAAAGAAAAGGCCUUAAUGAAAAAUCUCAUGUUAAAAUUACACGGAAUGCCAACAGAAAACGAUCCGCGCGAAGCCUUCAAAGGACCUCAAGGCGCGCAAGCUUUCACUAAAGCACUUAAACUUUUGCAAACUUGCCCAUUACAAAUAGAUGUACAUUUA